AUUCUGCGGACCGUUUGCAUCAGCGCGUUGCCAUACCACUUCUCUGUGUGGUUGCUGUGUUGUGGUGGUGAAGUAAACGCUCAACGUCAGAGGACUCGGCAGCAAGGUUUUGCUAAUUGACAAACGACGAUAACUGAUUGGAGCAACACAGCGCAGCCGAGGCAAGAUCCAGCAGCCGUUGGGCGGUUGUUGUCCAGCCGCGGCCGGUGGAUGAUGAGCAGUUUCGGUGGCUUGCAGAGCGGAGGCGCCUAUCAUCAGUACCAGGAGAUCGAGGUUGCCGACGACGGUAGCUUGUUGGCGGUCGUGAAGCAGGAGCAAGACUCGUUCAUCCCUUCACCACCGCACAACCAAUUUCCACAACAGCAACAGCAGCACCACUCAAUGAUGGACGCACUGAGCAGCAACCCGAUGCUGACGACGGCCUCGAUGCCGAUUCCUUCGCGCAACAACUUGAACCACCAGCGCAUGAUGAUGGGUGGUGGCGGCGGCGGAGGCGGUGGUGGAGGUGGGGGCAUUGGUGGCCCCGGUGGCUCGGAUCUGGAUUUCGCCGUCGACAUGGAAACGUUCCGUCAGGUUGGCCAGUUACUGCACGAGGUUGGUGUUGGUGGUGGCGGUGGCGGCGGCGGUGGUCCCGGCGGGUCCAUCGCGAACAACGCGGGCGGUGUCGGAGGGAUCGUGGGCAGUUUUGCGACUGUACUGCCGACACAGAUAGAUAACAUCUUCACCAUGCAGAGUGGGUGGGAAAACACCAUCCUUACGUCCGAGGGCAUCGACAUCGGGACGAUCACGGUGCCGAUGAUGGACUCGUGGAACGUGUCGAACGGAAACGAUGGGUCGCUGGGGCAAAUAAUUUCGCCCUCGUCGACGACGUCUUCUUCGGUAACACAGAUCACGGAUGGCCAACAGCAGUUUCUGGCUUCGGUCACUCAAGGAGUGGGAGGGCUGCCGGCCUCAGGUCUGGGCGGUGGCCAGCAGAUGAUGGAAGAGUUCGAGAUCUAUCCGCUCGACGACUUUGGCGAUGGGUUUAUGUGCAAUGACCUCAACACGAUCGACGGUCUGUUCCACGAUGAUAUUACGCUGCUCGGGCAGCCGCUCAGUCAGCAGUCGCCCAAUCUGAGCGGAGACAGCGGCAGCGGCAGUGCCAUCAUCCUUUCGCCCAGCCUUCCCCAGCAGAUCCUUGGCCGCUCCGGAGGUGGGUUGAAUCUGCUGGCCGAUAAUUCGCUCGGGGGGAGUAGCGCCAACAGCAACAGCUUGUCCGGAUUCAGCUCGGCCAUGCAGCUUUCGAACGAUCCGAUGGUAACGGCCAGCAGCUUCAAUGCGAUCAACGUGAGCAACAAUCUGCUGGCGUACGACGAGCAGACGCGCAGCUCGACCUCACCGUUCGAUCUCUACACGAAGCAUGAACCGCACAGUGCCGUCCAGUCGCCGCUCGCGUUCUCGCCGAGUAGCCACGGAUCGAGCCCUUCGAUCACCGAUGGCGGUGGCCUGCUGAUGAUGGGUGGCGGCGCCGGUGGGACUCUGCAGGCGGCAGGCGCACAGCAACUGCUCCAGCAGCAGCUGCAGAGUACGCUCAACAAUAACCAUGUGUACGGCAGCUGCGGCAGCAGUGGUCGUCGUAGUGGCGACGGUAGCGGCGGUGGCCCCAGCCCGACCAUCAGCGCCGGCAAGCUGAUCAAGAACAGCACCACCAACAACAACAGUGAGUCAGCAAAGAACCAAAACAUUAGUGGCAGCGUCGGAAGCAUGGAACCACAGCAGAUGCCCCAGCGGGCGGCCCGGCGCGGUAUCAACUUCAGUCGGAACAGUGGCAACGUCGGCCAGGUGCAGCAUAAUCCGAAGUACUCCACGCUGCAGCAGCUGCUGAUGAGCAACACGCCGGAGUUGCGCAGCGGUGGAUUUCUGGGCCAGUCCGUGCCGAGCUCGUCGUCCGGGAUGCUCAGCCCCGGCAGUUACUCGGGCCGCCGUUUGCUGCAGGCAGCGGCUGGUGGGUCCACCGCUAGCAGCUCGGUUGGUGGCGGUGGUGUUUCGGUUGGGUCAAGUGCCGGCACUUCCGGGCUUGGGGCCACUAGCGGUGGCACGGUGAUAUCGCGCCUUUCUUCGUCCGCCCCGACACACAUCUCGGGCUUCGAGCAGAUCUGGCAACGGCGUGAACCACGGCCCCACCUGCUGUCGACGGGCAGUCUUGCUGAGGCCGGCUCGACGUCUUCCCUCAGCACCGGAGGUAUCCUCAGCCCGGAAGGUCCGGACUACUCACACGACGAGGGCUACUCUGACGAUAGCGACCAUUACGAAGAUUAUUCCAGCUGCGAAGAUUCCGACAGCGAGGACACAGGGCGCGUUUCGAGCAGCGUUGGCAGUGGCAGCAAGGCGAAGCGUUACUUCUGGCAGUACAACGUGCAGGCCAAGGGACCGAAGGGGCAGCGGCUGGUGAUCAAAACGCAAGCCGAGGAUCCACACGUACUGAACGCGGUCACCGAUCCGGUCUUCAGCCCACAUUGCUCCGUGCGUGGCAUCAAGAAUCUACGCUUACAGCAUAGCGGCAAGGCGCGGAAGGGCGACGGUAACGAUCUGACACCGAAUCCGCGUAAACUGCACAACAUUGGCAAGGAGCUGGACAAGCUGGGCCGCGUCAUCAACGACAUGAAGCCGGUGAGCGAGCUGCCGUUUAAUGCGCGCCCAAAGACACGCAAAGAAAAGAACAAGCUGGCGUCCCGAGCCUGUCGGUUGAAGAAGAAGGCGCAGCACGAGGCGAACAAAAUCAAGCUGUACGGGCUGGAAACGGAACACAAACGCCUGAUGAAUGGUAUCUUUCAAUUGAAGCAAGUUUUGGUGGGCAAGUACAACAAAACGAUCACGAUCGACGAUGCGGAAGAGUAUAAACAGCAGCUGGAUGGAUUGGUGCAAACCUCAUCGAAAAUCAAGAUUGCCGGCAACUCGACCGAGUUCGUGAACAAAAUGCUCGAAAAUAUUCGGGCCGGCAACAACAUUAACAUCGACACGGUUCUGGAAACCUUCUAAGCGAACACAACUGUGACGACAAAAGCGUUGCAUAAGCGUGGGGAGCGGUGAGAAUGGUUCGAAGCUAACCGGCAAGAAGGAUGUGUAAGAGUGGGGAGCGCCUUGGUCACAAGACGCUCUCGUAUGAAUCAAAAUGAGACUGUAAGAAUGUGUAAGGAUGCAGCGAUGGAUUUGCCACGUGAACCGCAACAUGCAAACGCAAAUACUAUAUGACGCACGGUCAUAACAUGAAGCAUUACAAUACACAACACAGCACAGUGGGUUUCGGUUCAACAUUGACGAAAAGUUUGAAAUUCAACGUAUCACGAUAAGAACACGGGACGAGCGAAAGGAAGCGAAACAGCUUACAAUUUUUAAUAUUAUAAGAUAAUUAGUAUCGGCGAGAAGAGUGAGAAUGCCACCAGAGAGGCGCCGCAGAAAGGAGCAAGUGAAGCGGAAUGACGGGCUUCGUCUCGAGGCGGUAUUUGGGUGGUUUUUGAUAUUCGAUGUAAUGGAUGUGCGCAAAACUUGCGACAAAGAAAGAUAUACGUAUAUUAGUACCGUAGGAUAUCCCAUAUUUGAAUUUCAUGUACCGCUUAGUACUACACUCUCCUACUCAGGCACCUUUUUGUAUGUGCAAAUACGAUGGUAAAAUCAAACGUUUACCAAACUACCUUCUCCUAUAGUGUAGUCUUUGUGUUUUCCAUUGUCACAAUCUCUGUCUAAUCAAGCGUUGAAAAUACUUGUACAUAAUCGGAUCAACUCCAAUCCAGGUUGCCUACCAUAGCAGGUAGCACACACUUUCGCACGCUUUUCCAACCGUAUACUUGCACCCUCAAACAACCUCUUUUCAAAACAAACAAACAAACAAACAAAAGCUACACACGGCGCCGCUGUGUGUGGUGAUUGGUGAUCGGUAUAACCAAUUUGCUGGCAAAGCACAACGGACUGAGAUUUGAGGGCCCAGGCGUCAAACGUCGGCCAUACUGUAGAAGCAAAACAGAAGAGAAACACAAGAAAAAGGAAACUUUAAAUUCGUGCCACACAUCCAUCCAGUUGACCAAAUGCAAGGCAAAACUGCGAAACAAAACAAAACAAAGCAAAGCAAGUGAAAUGAUGCUCAGGUUGUAACAAGUACAUUUGAAAUGAAACAAACGGUGAAUGGAGAUAUAUAAGGUUUUUUCUUAUGGAUUUUCGUUUUUCUUCUUCUUCAAUUUGUGUCAACACAGUUUGUAAAACUGUGAAAAAGAACCGCGAUUCCAGUCAUGGGUAAUCGGGUGCCCGAGAAGCGCGUGCCAGGAGACGUGAUUCUAGAGUUACUCUCCCGGUGAACCCAUCGCGGAAACAGGACACUGGCAAGUUAAACACAGCCGCCUGCGCAUAAAGAUAUAUAUACACACAUCGAUAACCAUUGAUACUGAUAACGUAUGUACCUAAAGCCACGCUGAAACAGACUAAACAUUUUCAAUACUUUAAGUUUAUACUUGUACGCCUAGUGGUAGUAGUAGUGGUAAGCAAACGAAUGAGACGGAACCCCUUCGCAGGAGAGAAUCCCCGGCAGGAACGAGCCCUAGAGUAUAGGAAUUGUGUUUGAAGAGUGGAAAAUUGAAACAUUAGUCUCUAGGAAUGCGUUAGUAUGUAAUCAUCUACUUUUGCUCGGUUUGCUCUACCAUUUUUAUACUUCCCUGUACUUGUUCUGUCCCUUCGGCAGAGAGAUCGAGGUCCCGUGCUUAGGGGGGCAGAAACAGAAACGGCCUUGCAAGGCUCUGCAUGAUGAAUCGAUAUUUUCUCUCCAUUUUAUCACUUUAUAAUACCUAUUUGAUAGUUGUUUAAGAACAUUGCAGAAUCAACAAUAUUACGCGUUUUCUUCGGACGCGAUUGAAAAACGGUGCGAUGGUCGUUCGUGGCGGCGCAAGUUGAGAGCGAGAGAAAAGGCCAUGGUUAAGAAACGGGUUCGUUAUGUGGUAUUGAUUGUUUCCGCUUAGAGUUUUUGUUCUCUGUGUCUGUUGCUUCAGUUUCAUUUUCUAUACCUUCCUAGCGGCCACCAUAUCCGUAAUGGCACAUCCAUCGCGUAUCGAGUGAAGUGGUUUUUUUACAUUGAAACGAAACAAUUAGGAUUUACAACUUAACGAAUGCAUGGAGGUACCGUUUGUUUGUUCUGGUUAUCUUAGGUACUGGUUCCGGGUGUAACGUUGACGGGUAUCCUGGAGGGAUCGGGACAAAACGGGGAAAGAAGACACCAAGAGUUACUACUACUUCCCGGGACCAGGGAUAUCGAAAAGUGUUAACGGACAGAUACGGAAGGGCAGAGCAGAGUUGGUAAGCUGGGUGCGGGAUCGUUCCCAUCAUAAGGUAGAAAGCGCGUCGUUGGUAGGAAAAUCAGAUGCAAUUUCUAUUCAUUCGUCCGUUUUGUUUGAACUCGUUUUGUAUCUGUUGUAGUAUUUUACAGUUUCGUUUUUACUUAAACCUUUUUUUGCACUUUCCGGACACCCUUGUUGUGGAAGCAAUAGUGCGGAAUGUGAAUGCCAUAGUUCUGUAAAUUACAGAGAGUCGAGGCAAGAAAGUGAACAAUCAAGAAAGAGAGAGAGAGAGAUCGAGAGAGCGUGAAGAGUGGCGAAGAAAAGCAAAAGGAGGAAGGCGAAAGACUACGCCAAUGGUCGUUGUGUCUUCUUUCACCGUGGUUAUACCCAAUUCCUGAUCGCCUGCUGCCAAACUGCAUUUACUGGGCGCCACUACGGUGGUCCGGGCUAGGUGGUCAUGGUGACACGGGUCAUCCCAAGAGAGACAGAUGUGAGAGGGUGUUCCGCCGCCGCAGACCAACGCCGCGCGGUGGUCCACGCACGCGUUCGUAGAGUGCAAUGCACAGGCACGGACUGUGCAAUUUCCGUACCGAUGUUUUUUGAACCCCUUUUGGAGAAAGCCACAGCAGUAAGCAGAGUAACUACAAAGCUGGUGAAAUAAUCUGUGAUUUUCGUUUAUAUAAUAAUACUGAGUGUUGUUACCUUCUAUUUUUGCUACUUUUACGGGAGCGUUUACUAUUUUGUUUUCAGCUAGAGGUUUGAAAUAUUUGAGGUGUUAUUUGUUUAAGAUUUUUCUUUUCUCCAAAUUACCAUUAUAUUACUCCCACGGGCGUGUGUAGCGUUUAACAUAUUUCCGACUUUCUCCUACGUUUGUCUAAAACAGUUAAAUUCAGCUUAUCUUUCAGUUUAAAACAUUAUUCGUUUUGAAAAUGGAAAGGAGAAUCGAUCGAGUAAAAGCGGAUGAUGGGUUCGGUUUUUCUUAGGUUAUAGCGAGCGAGCGAGCUAUCCGGUAGCGACACGAACUGCAGGUGAUAAUAAUGCUUCUUGCUAAUAAUCUACCCACCUUGUGGAGUUACGUUCCCAGUUUUUCUU